CCCGGCGUCACUUCCGGGGCGGGGCCGAGCCGCGCGCGCAAAGAUGGCGACGCCCUAUGUGACGGACGAGACCGGGAGGUACAUCCCCUCCACGCAGCGGCCGGACGGGACGUGGCGGAAGCAGCGGCGGGUGAAGGAGGGAUACGUCCCCCAGGAGGAGGUGCCCGUGUACGAGAACAAAUACGUGAAGUUUUUCCGGAGCAAACCGGAGCUGCCCCCGGGGCUGAGCCCGGACACGGCCCCGGCGCGGCCCCCGGGGCCCCCCCAGGGCGCUCCCCCCGAGCAGGGGCUGUCCAAGGCCGCGCGCAGGAACCUCAAGCGCAAGGAGAAGCGGCGGCAGCAGCAGGAAAAGGCCCCGGAGCAGCCGCAGGACACGGACGGACUGAGCUCGGCACUGGAAAAGGUGUCGCUCUCGGGGACAGGAGGGGCCCCCCCGGCCCAGGGGGGCGACAGUGCCGGGAAUUCCGAGCGCAGCCGCCGCAUCAAGAGCCUGCGGAAGAAGCUGCGGCAGGUGGAGGAGCUGCGGCGGCGCCUCGAGGCCGGGGGGCUCCCCCAGCCCACCCAGGAGCAGCUGGAGAAGCUGGGCCGGAGGAAAGCGCUGGAGGACGAACUCAGGGGGCUCGAGUCGGACUCGUAGGGGGGGUUGGGGGGUCUCAGGGGCGGUUUGGGGGGGGUUGGGGAGGGGGGAGGGCAGGAUGGUUGUUCCCGGCGAGGGCCCGGCAGCUCCUGGUUUUUAAUUGGAUCGAUGUGGGUUUAUGUGGGAGGUGGCCGUGCCCCCCACCUCGUGCCCCCCCGCUCUUCCCACCCCCCCAUUCUGUGUCACAGCCCCUUCCCCCCGCGUUUAUUUCUCUUUUUCUCUCUUUUUUUCCUUUAUUUUUAAAAAUUGUGGAAGAAUAAAAACUGCAGCACUGAC